GCGAAUUUACCAACACUGCAGAUAUUAUUAACAUAGAAAAAGGAAAACACAUAUUCUGCACGGUGUUGAAUUCCAUCAAUAAUUAAACAACAAACAAAAUGAAGAGAAAAACAAGUGAAAUCUGGUAUUUCUUUCGAGCCGUCGACGACACAUUUGCGCUAUGCAAUAUCUGCAAAGCGAAACUGUCGUACAAAACGACAACAACAAAUCUAAGUAAACAUAUGAACCGAAUGCAUCCCAAUGCAAAUGUCUCAGUGGCGUCGCCACAAACUGCCAAAUACAAAAUUGAGCAUCAAGUUGAUCGCCAUCGAGGUAAACCACGGAAUCCAGCACAAGAAAUUUUACUGCUAAACUUUAUCAAGAAGCACCCAGGAUUACUGAAAAAUCCAUCGUGGGAGAAUCGCAAUGCAUUUGAGGCACUUUGGGAUCAACUUGUGUCCGAAUUAAACGAAAAUGGACCGCCACAAAAAGAUGUAGCGACGUGGAAGAAGGCUUUGAAAGACUGGAAACGAUUCAUAAUUAAGAAAGUGGAGAAAAAUGAAAUGCACAAUAUUCCCUUGGCAACGGGAUUAAGUUCGGCUGAGGAAACGAUUGCCAGCUUAUGCCGUUUAAACGAUGAUGAUGUUAAUCAAAUCAUAAUAAACCAAUCGGACGAUGACCUACAAGACACAUCAAAUGCGACUUUUGAUAUGGACGAUGUGGAAGAUGUUGUGCCCGAGGAAGAGGAUCACAGUGCCCUACAAGAUGCUUCAGGAUUUGCGUAUGAAGCGGACGAUUGUAAAGAAGAUCUUGACAUUGAUCCAUUGUUUCUGCAAAGUGGCAAAAGAUCAUCUACAGGCAAAGAGAGAGGCAUUGAAAAGGAAUUCGAAACGAUAAGUAAAACAAUCAGUUCGGUCAACGAUACAACAAGUAGCACGCAAUUGGCGCUUAAAGAAUUCUGUGCGCUUUAUAAACAGAAAUUGAGUGAGGAUCGAAGGCACCAUUUGGCCGUGGAACAGUUGAUGGCCGAGAAGAUUGAGUUGAAGAAGAAACUAUUAGAAAUUGAACAAAGAAAACUUUUGAUGAAAUGACGAGAUAUAGCAAUUUUCUUUAUUUAACCUUAUUUUGUUAGCAUGUAAUUAGCAAAAACUAAGCUAUUUGUAUUAUGGCGCCUUUUCGUGUCUAGCUGAUUAUUUAAUAUGUUAUGUCUCAGAAAUAAGUCAAUUUAGUAAAGUUAAAAGUUAAAUCAAA